AUGAGAUCUGACGAAUUUGAUCGUGAAAAGCUGAGAAAGAUCAUUACAAAAAAGCUAGGCGGAAUGAAGUUGGCACCCAAUGUUGAAUUGCUUAUUUAUUUGGACUUUCUUUGUUUUAUGGAAGAUCUCGCUAAAUCAGCAGAAGCAACCUCGUUAAAGAAGAAUCACUCGGCUGUCAAUCGGUCAGAUAUUAUGGAAGCAUUAGAAGUAUGUCUCAUAGAUUUAACGGGGAGAGAUACACUAACAUGGUUUUAUAUAUAG